CCCCCUGUUUCAGAUGGGGGGCUAGGGCACCCCAUUGCGCCCCAGCGGGUCUGCGGCCACGUGCAGGAGCCAUGGAGACAGCAGUGAUUGGCGUGGUGGCCGUGCUGCUGGUGAUCACAGUGGUCAUCGCCUGCGUCCUCUGCUACUUCAGCUGUGACUCGAGGGCCCAGGAGCCCCAAGGGGGCCCAGGCCACAGCUUCACCGUGGCCACCUUCCAGCAGAAGGCGUCUCUCUUCAGCGGGUCCAGCAGCACGGCCCAGCCGCGGCCCAGUGCUCGGGACUUUUGGACCUUCAUGUAAGGCCUUAUGGCAUUCCCAGGACUUGCUCUGUAGGUGGGUUCUGACUCACCCACCGCUCAUCAGGCCAUCCCGAGGUGCC